CGCUCGAGCCGCGCUCACGCCCGGUGGUGGAGGCUGGCUUCCCAGCAUGCAGUGGGAGGAGGUGACGCAGAAUGCGGCGCGCCGCCCGCGACCAGAAUCACUGCACCACCACCAGCCCCUGCGGUGGCCGCAGCCGCUGUGGGAGCCUCCGCUGCCGCCGCCGUGUCGUCCCUCCCAGGCGGCCGUGGCCAAGGGGGCGCCGCGCUGGGAGGAGGGCCCGGCCUGGGGCAUGGCGGAGUCGAGCGGCGCGUCCUCUGGCGUGAGCGGCGCCGGCGGGGGCUCCUCCGCGGGGCCCGGAGGGGCAGACCCGGCCUCGCUGCCCCCCGGCGACUCCCAGCUGAUCGCCCUCAUCGUGGGGCAGCUGAAGAGCCGCGGCCUCUUCGACGCCUUCCGCAGGGACUGCCUGGCCGACGUCGACACGAAGCCAGCCUACCAGAAUUUGAGACAGAAAGUGGACAACUUUGUGUCUACUCACCUGGAUAAGCAGGAAUGGAAUCCAGCAAUGAACAAAAACCAGCUGCGGAAUGGCCUGAGGCAGAGUGUGAUUCAGUCGGGGAUGCUGGAAGCUGGAGUGGACAGAAUUAUUUCUCAGGUGGUGGAUCCAAAGCUAAACCACAUCUUCAGGCCGCAGAUUGAGAAGGCAAUUCAUGAGUUCCUGGCUGCGCAGAAGAAAGAGGAGUCGGUUCCAGCUCCUCCCCCAGAGCCCGAGAGCCAGGACCCUUCCGCUCCUCCACAAGAUGCCUCUGCAUUCCUGUCUUGAAAGCGGCUGCAAUAGUGAAAUCUAGGCUGAAUCGGUUUGGUAGCAGGCUACAUAUCUGCGUGAUGCAGGACUGCCGUUGGUCAACUCCUAUCGACCAUGAUUGAGGGGAAGUAUUGGGAAAAGUCGUGUGUGGUUUCCACAUGGUGUGAAGGGAGAGGGAAAAUGUGCAAAUGUAUUGCUCUGGGCAUAAAUAGCAUCGGUCCUUGCUAAUUGUGUAUUUGAGGGUUUGUUGCCUCGCUUGAGGAAGCGGGGAGAAAGGGGGAGUGGUGAGACAUUAGUGCAGCUGGUGGGGUUUGGGGUGUAGCAAUAGGAUGUUGGGUCUGCUUGGUUUCCUGGGAGGUUGGUCAGCCUUCUACAGAGGGGUCUGGAUAAGGGAGCGUUCGGCAUACAAGCAUGAAGCUGAUCAUUUACCAGCAAAGAAUUACUGAGCACUGGAUGCUAAAUCAAAUUGAGUAAUAACUCUCUCACAGUGCCUGUCCGUGUCUGACAUAGCUGGAAGAACUGUCUGUGGUUGGCUUUCCAGGAGCAUCCAGAGACAAGCCUCUGGCAGAUUUCUGGAAAUGGUGUCCGGCACACGUCGCAGCUCGGCUCAUUUCCCAGGCUGGUCGAGGAAGUGUUGUCAAAGUGGGCAUGGACAAGGACUUCUUUUGUGGGCCUUGCAGUCGGGGAAAGUCCUCUUGUCUGUGAGAUUCUUCACGUGCCUGUUAGAAGUUACUUAGAGAGUGACUGAAGCUCUCAAGUUGGCAUUUGUGCUCAAUUAUUUGGUUAGCAAAUAUCUAGAUCUUUUUUUAAAAAAUAAAAUGUUUGAAAAACCGUA